AAUGUAAUGUGAGCAAAGGUUUGCCGACUCUGCCCUAUUACAGUAUAAAAGCUCUUCAAACAGUAUGUGAUGUCAUUUAUUUCCAGAAGAGGGCAGCAGAGGACACAGAGCGCUUGCCAUUCAUCACGUGACUUGGGCCUGCUACAUGCUGCACAGCACAACAAUGUUACAAUGCGCUUCCCAUACCUCUCGGUUUCCUUUACUCUGCGCUCGAUUAGAAGCACCUUAACCAAUUUUUUGUCUUUCAUGCAGCUCAAGUGAAGGGUAAGGAACAUCUGUGUGUAGCCAUGGAGCGCAGCUGCCCUCAGCGUGAUGGCGCUCCGAGACCAAGAGGCACAUUGAAAGAGAUCCGGGUCAACUUGCUUGAGUGUAAAGUCUGCUUCGAGAAGUUCAACGCUCAGCGGGCCGAGCGAAGGCCGCAGAACCUGUCGUGCGGUCACGUCCUGUGUGCGGAAUGUGUGGAGGCCCUGUCCCGCCCUCUCCUGAGGAAGCUGGAGUGCCCCUUCUGUCGGCAGCUGUGCCCUGUGGACGCCACCUCCCACUGCCAGCCUCUUUGUGACCUGCAGGAGCUGCUCUCAUCCAGUCCUGCCUCUCUUUGCAUGGAGAAAAAAGAUGAAGAAGAAGCCCCAAGUGUGAGUGGCACAGCCUUACACUUGUGUUUGACUUUUGGCGGGUGGGGGACGCUUAUCAAUCCUACUGGAGUGGCGGUGAUGCAGUCCUCGGGGACUGUGUUUGUGGUGCAUGAAGGUGAGAAGAGCGUGAUGGUAUUCACUUCUCAGGGGAAGAAGCGGCACGCUUUUGGGCAAAGAGGACAUGCCGGCGAGGACCUUUGUUACCCAGUGGAUGUGGCAGUGACCCCCUGCGGUCAUGUGGUGGUGACCGACGCGGGAGAUAAGGCCGUCAAAGUUUUCACGUCUAGGGGAAACCAUGUGAUCACGAUGAAGGCCGGCUUCCGCAUGCCGUGGGGGGUGGACACGGACAGUGGCGGGCGCAUCCUGGUGUCGGACGUCCAGGCGGGAACACUGUCCCGCUUUAAGGUGGACUACAAACAUGGUGUCACGCUGGAGGAAGGAGUGGUGGCUUCACACCUGGAGAAUCCUAAAGCCGUGGCCUGCUGCAGGACCAGCGGUCACAUGGCGGUGAUAGAGCAUGUGAACGACGACACAGACUCCGCAAGGAAGCAAAGUUACUCCAGACUGACUGUGUUCACUCCAGACCUUCAUAUCCUCUAUCAGACCGACAAUUUAAGUCUGAACCUGAAGGCCUCUGUUACAAUAAACAUGUCCGCUGUGACGUUUGACAGAAAGGGACACCCGCUUGUGGUCGACUCACUUCAAGGGAUGAUUUGGACUUUUGGGGGCGUGCAAAGCGGUGCUGUCCUCACUCCUCUUGUGGCAGAGAACCUCAUUCGACCUGUUGGACUGGUGCCACUUAACAACACUCUUAUCAUUGUGGACGCGGGAGAC